GAGUCUGUGGUUUAAACAGUGUGUGUGUGUCAAUGCAGCAGGAAAUCACUGAAGGCUGUGGUCACAUUGGACAUGUGGCUGAUCAUCUACCAGCCUGCAACGAGGUAAAAAGACGUCACCGAUACUGAGUAUUCACAUGAAAGACAUUCUUCGCUGUUCCCCCCAAAAGGAAGGUUUAAACACUCAGCAAAGGAGGUGCUGGAACUGCCAUUCCUGGACACUCCAUCAAUUCAUAAUCCGAAUAAUUGAAGACUCGUCUUAAUUUUGUGGGAACGAAUUCAUUCCUUCACCUCUGAGUCACCUCCCUCCUUUGGUCACAGUCUGAGACAGAACCACAGCAGGUUCUGUUAUUCAAACACUCCUCACUCUGGGCAUGAUAUCUCAGCUUAGCAUCUGCUCCACCGUGCCCCCACUCGAUCUUACAACUGCCAUGUACGAUGACUAUGACUCGACCGAUGAGCUGGUGUCUGUGGAUUAUGAUCAGUUUGUACAGCAGUGUCAGAAGGCAGAUGUACGCUCUUUCCGUCAGUCCUUCCUGCCAGCCAUCUACGCGGUCAUCACCGUCCUCGGCUUCCUGGGUAAUGGUCUGGUUGUCAUCACCUACAUUUAUUUUAAACGACUAAAGACCAUGACAGACGUGUACCUGCUGAACCUGGCCCUGGCUGAUCUGCUGUUCCUCUUCACCUUGCCAUUUUGGGCGGUCAAUGUGGUGAAGCAGUGGGUCUUUGGCCCGGUGAUGUGUAAGACCGUCUUCGUGCUGUACCGGGUCAGCUUCUUCAGUGGCAUGCUGCUGCUCAUGUGUAUCAGCAUCGACCGGUACUUCUCCAUCGUGAGAGCUGCUUCGGCCCAUCGCCACCGCUCCAAGGCGGUGUACUACAGUAAGAUUGUCUCUGUUUGUGUCUGGCUGUUCUCGUUGGUUCUGUCCAUGCCUGAGCUGCUGUACAGUGGCCAGAAGCACAUUGAUAAUGGGCUGCUGUGCAAAAUGAACCUGGACAACAGCACAGUUCUGUUCACGGCAGGCACACAGUUAACUGUAGGCUUCCUCAUCCCUUUUGUAGUCAUGCUGUUCUGCUAUUGUGUGAUCAUUAAGACCUUACUAUUGGCCAGGAAUUUUGAAAAGAACAAAGCAAUUAAGGUAGUCUUUGCAGUGGUGCUAGUCUUCCUCCUGUUUCAGUUACCCUACAACAGUGUGAUGCUGAUAGACACUAUCAACGACGUUAAUGCCACUGUCACCAAAUGUGAAGCGAGCAAGAGAAUGAAUAUAGCCAUCGAUGUGACAAAGAGCCUGGCCUACGUCAGAUGUUGCCUCAAUCCUUUCCUGUACGCCUUCAUUGGAGUCAAGUUCCGCAAUGACCUGUUGAAACUGAUGAAGGAGUUGGGUUGCAUGAGCACAGAGCAGCUGGUUAAAUACACCCACUUUAAGGCCACCCUGACCAGUAAACGUGGUUCCACUGUAACAGACACAGACAGUACAACCACCUUCUCCCCAUGACACCGUGCUGUCUGAACUCACUGACAGUAUCUCCUUGGGAGACUCACCUGGACAGACAUGCAAAACCGAGAGAUUUUCACAAAAUGUUAAUGUGUCAGUGAGAUGGUCCUGGAGAGAGCCUGAGUGUAGCCUGCACCAGGACAUUACCUUCAUCAAUGGUGUGCCCAGAGAGCACAGCUGCAAGUACUGACUGGGCCCUCAGUCUCCGUUUCAAACUGCUGGCUGCAAUUCUGAACAAUUCUUCGAUUUCCUGAUUCUUUGACUUCAGAUUAAAGCUGUCUCCCAGCCUGACCUUUCACCCUGCCUCACCAGCAGGUUGACAGUAAUAGUCACAAGAGCAGGUUUUAUUAGUUGCUGUGGUUACAUAGUCUCUCACAUUCGGAGUGACAUCACACUCGUCCUCACUGCCCUGACAGACACUGUGCUUUCCAAAGUUUAGCUCACGCUCCAACCCAAAUACAAGCAGGUCCUGAAACCCAGGGGAACAACCACUCAGUUGGGGAAAUAAUCUGGAGUCAUUCCCUUGUUCCAGUUUUGAGACCCUGCUGUAUCCCACUGAUAGUCAGUCUGUACCCCAGUGAGAGUCAGGACAAGGGGAGAAAGCUACCUUUAAAAGAAUGCUUCAUGUAGUUGUUUGUAUCUAUUUCCCAUUUAUUUUCUCUUGAUAAUUUGAAAUUAAGAAUGUGAUGUCGAUUCUGUAAUGCAAAUGUGUUGAAUUCUAUCAAAAAUGUUUAGGUGUAUUUAAAAAACUAGGAAUGGGCUUUGGAAGAUUCUUUUAAAGUGUUGCCCAUGUUACUUUCCUCUGCUUUUACAUUUUGCACUUAUUGAUAUGUUCAUAUUUCACGUCAAAGUCAUCAUCACAUCAAGGUCACGGCUCCAGAUAUUGAAAAGGGAGGACCAAUUUUAAUUUCCUGUCACAACAUCUCUUUAAAAGUGAUAUAUUUUGGGCAUUCCUCAUGUGGCUGAACUCUCUACCUCAGACUCUCCCUUUCCUUGUCUUUGCAGUAUUUUACACUGGCUCAGUGAAGGGGAUACCAAUAAACACAAUCCCUACUGACACCAACUUCCCAACCUCCCACAGCCCAAAGAAAAUCCUUCAUUCCAACACAGCUGCUGCCUCCCACCGUCCAACCCUGACUCUCAACAUUAACCCCCCCCCCCUCCAAUUCACAGUCAGUUGGAAUCGGGAGUCACUUUAAGAUGAGUCAGACCUAGAAACCAGUGAAUGUGAAAAGCCAGUAAUCUUCAUGGAGCCGUCAUGACCAGGGCACCAUCAACAUUUGCAUUAUUGGAAUGUGACUACUUUAAAAUUCUCACCUUUGUUUUCAAAUCCUUUGAUGGCCUCAUCUCUCCCGAUCUCUGUAAUCUCCUGCUGUCAACCCUCUGAGAUCUCUGCAGCUCUUCUGUUUUUGGCUUCUUGAACAUGCAGAAGUUUAAUCCCAGGUGCAGCUUUCACUGUCUAUCCCUCUCUGCCUCAGAUUUCCUUCUUUAAGCUGUUCAUUAAAAGAAACCCCUUUCACCUGUCCAAAUAUCCCCUCACGCAGACCUGAUGCUAGAUAUUAAUUAAAUCCUGUGAAGCGCAUUGUGAGGUUUAGUAUAUUAAAGUCAACAUAUAAAUACAAGUUGUUUUAAUUUUUGUACCGCGGUAAAAUUGAAGUUAUGAGAUUGUGGUUGAUGAAGAUAUCAGUAAUUGGAUCUCUUUCAAUGAAUGUAUUGGAGUUUAGCACAUUUCUUUUUUAAAAGUUUUCAACGUGUUUAGUGCGAAUGUAUUGCUAAUUUUAACUUUGAGGCUGUGUAAUAUUACUUUGAGUAAUUGUAUUUAGAAGCAGAGUUGAUAAAGUGUGGUGCUGGAAAAGCACAGCAGGUCAGGCAGCAUCUGAGGAGCAGGAGAAUCGACGUUUCAGGUAGGACCUUUCAUCAGGAGUCCUGACCCAUGAGUCCGAAUAAAGGGCUUUUGCCCAAAACGUUGAUUUCCCUGCUCCUCGGAUGCUGCCUGACCUGCUGUGCUUUUCCAGCACCACACUCGCGACUCUAAUCUCCAGCAUCUGCAGUGCUCACUUUCUCCUUGUAUUGGAGAGUUUGGAGCACCAAAUAUUUUUGUAUGAAUUAAUCAUCUUUAUUGUAAAAAGAAUGCCUUCCUGUAAUAAAAGCCUGUCUUAAAAUGUUCCCGUUGAUAC